AUGACCCACUGUUGCUCCCCUUGCUGUCAGCCUACAUGCUGCAGGACCACCUGCUGCAGGACCACUUGCUGGAAGCCCACCACUGUGACCACCUGCAGCAGCACACCCUGUUGCCAGCCCUCCUGCUGUGUGUCCAGCUGCUGCCAGCCUUGCUGCCGCCCAACUUGCUGUCAAAACACCUGCUGCAGGACAACCUGCUGCCAGCCCACCUGUGUGACCAGCUGCUGCCAGCCUUCCUGCUGCAGCACGCCCUGCUACCAGCCCACCUGCUGUGGGUCCAGCUGCUGUGGCCAAACAAGCUGUGGGUCCAGCUAUGGCCAGAGCAGCUCCUGUGCACCUGUGUACUGCAGAAGAACCUGCUACCACCCCACGACUGCCUGCCUGCCUGGUUGCCUAAACCUGAGCUGUGGAUCCAGCUGCUGCCAGCCCUGCUACUGCCCAGCCUGCUGUGUGUCCAGCUGCUGCCAGCCUUCUUGUUGCUGA